GGGUAACACACAUCAUUUGGAUGCCGGAGGACAGUCAUUGGUGAGUCAAACUGUCUGCAAAAACGUCAGGAGAUUAUCGGCGCGCAGCUGGAAUGCAAGGUUGAUUCACAAAGAAGAGUGAGGAGGUAGAGAGACAACGCCGAAGACACCACAGUCGGACCGAAUCACACCGCACAGCCAUGAAGGGGGAGCAUUUAUUUUCCAACCUGAAAAACGCCACAUUCUACCAGCGGGUCUACCUACUGGGGGGCGAGGAGCUGCUGGUACUGCAAAGCACUGUGGGACAUCCCGCGCUGGGCGACAGCUUCCACCAGAUCACCGACUUUAACGACCUGCCCACCUCCCUUUUUGCCUGCAACGUGGACCAGUCUGUGUUUGAGGAUCAGGAGGGCAAGGAGAUGUUCGAGGCCCUGUUCCUGGCCUACGAUGAGCGGGUGACGUUUCAGCUGUUCAAGAGCUUCCGGCGUGUCCGCAUCAACUUCAGCAACCCCAAAGCAGCCGCCAGCGCCAGGAUAGAGCUGCACGAAACGCCCUUCAGAGGCAAGAAGCUCAAACUCUACUUUGCCCAGGUCCAGAACCCAGUAUCAGAUGGUGAUAACCUGCACCUGGCACCUCCCCAGCCCUCUAAACAGUUCCUCAUCUCCCCUCCCGGCUCACCGCCCAUUGGCUGGCAGCAGAUAGACGAGACCACGCCCGUCAUCAACUACGACCUGCUCUAUGCUGUGGCCAAGCUGGGCCCCGGAGAGAAGUUUGAGCUGCAUGCUGGAACAGAGUCCACCCCCAGUGUUGUUGUCCACGUCUGCGACAGCGACACCGAGGAAGUGGAAGAACCAAAGAAUUGCCCCAAACCAAAAAUCAUCCAGACCCGGCGCCCUGACCUUCCUACUUCUCACUGAACUCUGUCCCCCUGCCACUUCCUGCCGUAACAUCGUCAUCUGGAGGAAGGAGAAUCGAUCCCGUCUCUCUCUCACAGGAACAAUCCCCGUGUUCAGCACUCCCCACCCUACGGCCACCUCGCCCGGGCCAGAAGGGGAGUGCUCUCUGUUACUCAUCCUCGUCGACAUACAGCCGUUGAUGUGCUACAUGUAUGAUUGUGUUGGCAAUACUCCAUACUUACAUCAAGAUUCAGUCACCGUAUCCUCAGUGAUUGGUUCCUGUCUGUAUGAUUCUGUUGUUGUAAUGUCACACAGUUUGCAGUGAUGGGGCAGCACCUUGCUUUGAGCUCGGCCUCUGAUUGGCUUAGGGGUUGUGGCGAAUGCCAGUGUAAAGAAGCCCAUUGGUCGCCUUUAUAGACGUGUGUUAGCAUUGCUCGCUCUACACUGCGUAUGUACCCCAAGCACUGACGAUGAAUAGCGCUUCUCUCAUUAGGGCAUGCUAGCUACUGAGGUGGUGGGAUGACUCUGGCGCUGCAUGAGUUGAAGUAACUUGAAGGAGCAUUAUGGUAAAUGGUCAAUACUUUGUCUUAUAGUCCCCAUAAAGUUGGGUUAUUCAUCGUGUUAUCAGUGCUGUCUGUCGACCAUGGGAAUUCUUUCAAUCUCGCCAAUGCAUGCACUGGUCUGAUCUAGUUUGUGUGUUUACUUUGUUCCGUUUCCUGUAUGUAGCUGUCAAUUUGACCUCUCUUCUCUCUUCGCUAACUUCUCUCUUUUAUCUCCCUGUGUUUUCUGGCUACCGGUGUCCUUCACAGAAAACAAGGCUAAUAACAAUUACAAUCCAUGCACCUUACAGGGAAAGUAUUAUGUACAAGGACAUUUCCGUGAUUGUUCCUCAGUGUGAAUUGUUCUGUGUCCAUGUCUUGUCCCUGAAAGUCUGUUUAAAGAAAAAGGAGUAGUAAGAAAACAAAAUAAAAAACGGAAUGCCUGGUGGCCACCUUUUCCUCAUUGGCUGAAAUGGAGAGCCAAUCAUAUAUCAUCACGUGAAGCCAGUCUAUAAAGUGCAUGGUUACAUUUUUAUAGAGAUAUUGUGUUGUCUGAGAACCGUGGCUCAGUCAUGGGAUUUCCUCGUGUUUCCUUUAUGUGCCUCUGUAGGGAGCGAGAAAGAAACAUUUAUUCAAACUCACCACGAAGAAAAUAAAUGCAUGAUGACGAUCCUGAGAGGAAAAAAAUAAUGUUAUUAUAGAGUUAUGUUACACAAAUCUUCCAAGUGCUAUUACACAGUUUCUGUCGAGAUGGUCAAGGGGAAUUACAUACUGUACUCACACACACAACCAUGUUUGUUUUCCUUUAUUGUGUGUUUUGUUUUUCCUGUGUUGGUUCAAUGAGUGUCUUCUUGGUGUGCCUGAUUGAACUUAUAGGCAGUAGAACAAGCCCUGUACAAAUUGGACCUCCCUGUCUAUUUGUGGAGAACUGGCGUUGUGAUCAAUUUUCUAUUGUCCAAACUAUUGACCCUUCCUGUUUCAGACAUUGCACCUACACUCUGAUUCUACAUUACUGUGAGCCACUAAUUCAACCCUGGGUGCUUUUAUACACUAACGCCUCACUCUAAACCCUCAUUGUAACCCCUCACUCUAAACCCUCACUGUAACCCCCCAUUCUAAACCCUCGCUGUAGCCCCUCACUGUAACCCCUCACUGUAAUCCCUCACUGUAACCCCUCACUAUAACCUCUCACUCUAAACCCUCACUGUAACCCCUCACUCUAAACCCUCACUGUAACCCCUCACUCUAAACCCUCACUGUAACCCCUCACUGUAACCCCUCACUAUACAUCAUUCCAAUCCCCAUCUCUGAUAACGAUGGCUCAAAUGAUCAGAUUUGAUAACCCAGUUCAAAGUGCACUGAAAUUUUUUUUUUUAUUCCAACCAGCUCCAGUAGGAUGUAGUUUUAUUCCAACCAGCUCCAGUAGGAUGUAGUUUUAUUCCAACCAGCUCCAGUAGUUUGUAGUUAUAUUCCAACCAGCUCCAGUAGGUUGUAGUUUUAUUCCAACCAGCUCCAGUAGGAUGAAGUUUUAUUCCAAUCAGCUCCAGUAGGUUGUAGUUUUAUUCCAACCAGCUCCAGUAGGUUGUAGUUUUAUUCCAACCAGCUCCAGUAGGUUGUAGUUUUAUUCCAACAAGCUCCAAUAGGAUGUAGUUUAAUUCCAACCAGUUCCAGUAGGUUGUAGUUUAAUUCCAACAAGCUCCAAUAGGAUGUAGUUUAAUUCCAACCAGUUCCAGUAGGUUGUAGUUUAAUUCCAACCAUUUCCAGUAGGUUGUAGUUUUAUUUUACCUGCAAUAUUUUUCUAUCUGUUAUUGUAUAACAUUUACAUUCAUUCUAAUUGAUAUUUUAGAUCAAAUGAUGUUGGUAAUAAUGAGCCACUAUCCUUGUGGAAGUCAUAGACUUCAAAUGAAUUUGAAUACAGGCCCGCUCCUAAAAACACCAGGUUUGAAUCAUGUAUUGUAAAUGGUGCAUAUCAAAUGUUUACAAUAGUGUAUUCUUCUUCCUUGUUUUAUUUCAUACAUGCUGGCUUUAAGACACUGUUCCCUCACUAUAUGGUCAGAUGAAUCAAACACAACACAUGCCACUGUCACAAGUAUGUACUACAGCCACCAUUACUACCCUCAAUGAGGUGACUUGUAUACAUGCAAUGGUUUUUGUUCUGGACUUUGGUGUCUUUCGCCUAAACCUCAGAUCUGUUGAAUCUGCGCUACAAUCUUGUCCUGCGGUCAUAUUCCUCCAAACGUAAACACAAUAGACACUACCUGUGUCUGAUUCAACGUCCCGAUAUUUGUAUUUUAUUUUCAAAUUAAAAUCAUUAUAUUCUUAUCUGUUUCUUCUAAGAGUCAGUUGGAUUGGAAGGGAAUAUCAGUGAUGGAGGUAACCAAUAUGUGUAUUGUGUAAAAAUAGUGUAUGACCAUCAAUGUACUUGUCAUUCUACAUGUAACGUUACAACAACCUGCCUGCCUACACUAAGGAGACAUAUCUGUAUAUAUUAAUCAAUACUAUUUUUACUGCAUUUUUGUACAAAUAUUCAUGGUAGCCAUGUACAAGUAGUUCAAAUGAUUCUAUGGUAGUAUUAAAAUAGUUUGGUUUUAA